AUGGCCGCAGCAGCUGAUCCGGCGUGUGUUCUGCCGCCGCGGCCGCGCACGAUGAAGCUGGGCUCGCAGGGGCUGGAGGUCUCGGCGCAGGGCCUGGGCUGCAUGGGCAUGUCCAUGGCGUAUGGCGAGCGCAAGCCCGAGGCCGACAUGGUGACGCUCCUCCGCCAUGCCAUCGCGGCCGGGGUCACUUUCCUCGACACCUCCGACGUCUACGGCCCGCACACCAACGAGGUUCUCAUCGGCAAGGCGCUGCACCUGCAUGGCGCGCGGGAGAAGGUGCAGGUGGCCACCAAGUUCGGCAUCACGCCCGACGUGAGGGCGGUCCGCGGCGACCCGGCAUACGUGCGGGCGGCGUGCGAGGGCAGCCUCCGGCGGCUCGGCGUCGACUGCAUCGACCUCUACUAUCAGCAUCGCAUCGACACCAAGGUGCCCGUCGAGGUCACGAUGGGUGAGCUCAAGAAGUUGGUAGAAGAAGGCAAGAUCAAAUACAUCGGGCUAUCGGAAGCGUCGGCAUCAACGAUCAGAAGAGCGCACGCAGUUCAUCCGAUCACCGCCGUCCAGCUGGAGUGGUCUCUCUGGACAAGAGAUGCUGAACAAGAUAUAAUCCCAACCUGCAGAGAACUUGGAAUUGGGAUCGUGGCAUACAGUCCAUUAGGCAGAGGGUUCUUCUCCAGCGGUGCCAAACUUGUUACUGAGCUGCCGGAUGACGAUUUCCGCAAGAAUCUACCAAGAUUCCAGCCAGAGAACAUGGAGAAGAACGCGCUGAUAUUCGAGCGCGUGAGCCAGAUGGCUGCAAGGAAAGGCUGCACAUCAUCGCAGCUCGCGUUGGCCUGGGUUCACCAUCAGGGAAGCGAUGUCUGCCCCAUACCUGGAACCACAAAGAUAGACAACUUCAACCAGAACCUGGGAGCGCUGUCGGUGAAGCUCACGCCGGAUGAGAUGGCGGAGCUCGAGUCCUAUGCUGCCAUGGAUGGCGUCCACGGUGACCGCUACCACAGCACCUUCCUCAACACCUGGAGAGACUCAGAGACGCCUCCACUGUCGUCUUGGAAAGGCAACUAG